AUGAAUAUUAAUGCUCAAAAUGCUUAUAUUGAAGAAUUAAACGAUGCUUAGAUCUAAGAAAUCAAAGCAUAAAGAAAAAUAUUUGGAGGAAUUAUCAAAAAAGGAGAUCCGCUUUACAAAAACAUCAUUAACUUAAUUUUAUUUGCUUUUCUGUUGCCUUGCAUGAUUAUUUUUGAAUUAGCGAUGGGAGUCAAAAAUUUGCUUAUUCGUUUUUUGGAAUCCCUAAUUACAUUAAAGAAUAGUAUUGUUCAUGCCUAUAGGUGUUCAAAGGAAUUUUUUAUUUCAACUUACUAUUUUCUCUCAAAUUGGAUUAUUAAAAUAUGGUGCCGUUUAAUCAAUUAAAUCAAAUAUGGCUUAACAACAUGUUUAGCAUAUAUUGCUUUGAAAUUGUAACAAGUCAAAAUGUUUAUCAUAUUUUAUUCUUAAUUGUUCAUAAAAAAUUUCAUUAUUUUUCCAGAAAAAUGGAUAAUAUAGAAAGUAGUAAUUUUAAUCGAAUUUAGCAGAAGCCUUUUAAAUUAAAUGAAAAUGAAACUUUUACAAUAUACAAGAUUCACAAUAGAUUAAAUCAAAUUUCUAAUUAUUAAGAUAAAGUAAAUCUCAAUUAUCAUUUAUAAAGCUAUUAUUUAUCUGAAAGAUUAAUGCAAUUAAUUAGCAUCUGCUUGUUGGUUUUAUAUUAAAAAAAUAUCUAGUUUAUUUUAUGA